UAAAAAUGUAUGUUUCAAAAAUAUUGAUAGUGGUCACACUGUAACAAAUAAAACAGUUUGAAGCUUUCAUUUCAGAAAACAAUCAGUUCCGAUUUGUUGUUCGAGAAUAACAUACGAGAAUAAUUUUUAUUACGAUUUGUAAAAAAAAAAUAAAGCAAAAGUACUAUUAAAGCAGAUUACAUCACACUUAUUUCGUACGAGGAAUUUCUACAUGUGUACAUAAAAGCAAAAGCAGAAAAGCAAAAUAGAGUGAGAAAAUACAAAAGUGAAGAUAGUGUGUGUCCAACAUGUCUGGUCGUGGCAGCUUAUUGUCUUUGUUCAAAAAAAAAGAUGAGCCUUCCGAAAUUUCGGCUAGUAUUGGCGAUCAAAUUAAGGAUAGCGGCUUGGAUGCUAAUCAAUCGCUAUCAAGCGGCGAGUAUCGGCGUGUUGCCAGGGACAAUGUCGCCAGCGAAUUAGCAACAUCUUUUCAAAAUGUCAACAUCUCAGUUGGACGUGGGCGCGGUCGUGGCCAUUUUUUGCAAACAAUUAUGGCCGGAGGAAUUCAGCCUGUGGAGAGCAUAAAUACCAUAGGAUCCUCUGAGGGAAUUGACAUGGGUGCGACUUCAAGCAAAUUCGAAGUGUCUGUGGAAAAAUCAGGUUCAGAUCACAAUCAAAACUUAGUGGCCGAUGCUAAGACUUGCAUUACCAAGCCGGGAUUAUUUUUGCCAAAUCAAAUUUAUGGCGUAAAAGUUGGACGUGGGCGCGGUCGUGGCCAUUUUAUGCAAACAAUUAUGGCCGGAGGAAUUCAGCCUGUGGAGAGUAUAAAUACCACAGGAUCCUAUGAGGGAAUUGACAUGGGUGCGACUUCAAGCAAAUUCGAAGUGUCUGUGGAAAAAUCAGGUUCAGAUCACAAUCAAAACUUAGUGGCCGAUGCUAAGACUUGCAUUACCAAGCCAGGAUUAUUUUUACCAAAUCAAAUUUAUGGCGUAAAAGGCAACCAGAUUAAUGUGUCAACCAAUUACAUUUGCCUUAACUCUGAUCCCAGCAAGGGAGUCUAUUUGUACGAAGUCCGCUUUAAUCCCAAUGUCGAUUCAAUCCACUUAAGGAUCAAAUACUUAAACGAGCAUAAGGAUAAAUUUGGCGGCACAAAGACCUUUGAUGGUUGCUUAUUAUAUUUACCAAUUUUGCUCAAAGAAGAAUUGACAACUUUUGUUACCAAAACUGCGGAAAAUGGUGAAAUCGAAAUACGUUUGCUAUUCAAGAAGAAAGAGUCCCUCAAGGACUGCAUUCAACUCUACAACAUUCUUUUUGAUCGCAUUAUGCGUACGCUCAAGUAUGUGAAAUUCGAUCGCAAAAACUUUGAUCCCACACAACCAAAAAUAAUACCUAUUGCAAAAUUGGAAGUAUGGCCUGGAUAUGUGACAGCUGUCGACGAAUACGAUGGCGGUUUGAUGCUUUGCUGUGAUGUAUCGCACCGAUUGCUAUGCCAAAGGACCGUGUUGGAAGAGCUCGUUGACAUCUAUCUGCAAAAUAAGAGUUGCUUUCAAGAGCAGGCGAAAAUGUAUUUAUUGGGUAGCAUUAUUAUUACCAGAUAUAAUAAUCGUACAUAUAGAAUUGAUGAUAUUUGCUUUACUGAAAAUCCACAAUCGAUGUUUGAAACACGCAACGGAUCUUGCAGUUAUAUCGAAUAUUACAAGACACAUCACAAUAUUAAUAUCAAAGACAUCAAACAGCCGUUAUUGAUAAGCAAAAAACAACAGAAAUAUGAAAAAAAUGAAGAUGAAAUACGUUAUUCUUUAAUACCCGAACUAUGCUAUUUCACUGGCAUCCAUGAUGAUAUUCGUGCUGAUAAAAAACUUUUGCGCGACAUUGCAGCAGUUACGCGAGUUACGCCAAAUCAACGGAUCUUGGCUUUAGAGAAGUACGUGAAAAAUGUGAAUACAAAUGUCGAGGCAAAGCAAAUUCUUGCCAAUUGGGGAUUGACACUAGCCAAUAACAACGUCAGCGUCGUUGGCCGCAAACUUCUUGACGAACAAAUAUAUUUUGCAAAUAAAACCGUAUCCGCCGGUCCAAAUGCUGAUUUUUCGCGAGAUGCAACCAACAGUGAAUUACUCGAUGUUGUUCACAUAGAUAAUUGGCUUUUGAUAUAUCACAAAAACGAUUUCAGGGCUUGCAAUUCAUUCAUGAAACAUAUGGAGACAUGUUGUGCCGCAUUUGGUAUGCGCAUAAAUAAACCAAAGACAUUGACAUUGGAUCAGGAUCGCAUAGACUCUUAUGUGGAUGCUCUACGUCGCAACAUCGUCAGUGAAACUCAAAUAGUUGUUUGUAUUUGUCCCACCAGCAGAGACGACAGAUACUCGGCGAUUAAAAAGAUUUGUUGUGCUGAAUUACCUGUCGCCUCACAGAUAAUCAACGCCAGAACAUUGUUGAAUGAUGGCAAGAAUCGCUCGAUAGUCCAAAAGAUUAUAUUACAAAUGAACUGCAAAUUGGGCGGUUCCUUGUGGUCUGUGAAAAUUCCAUUCAAAAAAGUAAUGAUUUGUGGCAUCGAUUCGUAUCAUGAUCCCAGCCAAAAGAGCAGCUCUGUAGCGGCAUUUGUCGCUUCGUUAAACGCAACCUAUACGCAGUGGUAUAGCAAGGCGGUUGUGCAAACCAAACGAGAAGAGUUGGUUAAUGGUCUAACUUCGGCUUUUGAGUGUGCUCUGAAGAGCUAUAAGCGGCGCAAUGGUUACCUUCCGGACAGUGUUAUAAUUUACAGAGAUGGCGUUGGGGAUGGUCAAUUAAAUCUAUGCUCCAUGUUUGAGAUUCCCCAAUUCGAGGCUAUUAGUGGCAAAAAUAUAAAAAUAACGUUUAUAGUUGUCCAGAAGCGUAUAAAUACGCGAUUCUUUACGGGAAGUAACAACAAUUAUACAAAUCCAUCGCCGGGAACCGUAGUUGACAAGGGCAUAACACGAGCUCAAAUGUAUGAUUUCUUCUUGGUUUCCCAAUCGGUCCGACAAGGAACUGUAAGCCCAACUCAUUUCGUUGUGCUACGAGACGAUUCGAAUUACGGACCAGAUAUAAUACAAAAAUUAAGCUACAAGCUAUGCUUUUUAUAUUAUAAUUGGCCUGGAACUGUUUGCAUUCCAGCGUGCUGCAUGUACGCUCAUAAGAUGGCUUACUUGAUUGGUCAAAGCGUUCAGCGUAAUACAUCGGCUACUCUUGCAGAGAAAUUAUUUUAUUUAUAAGAUCUAAUCAAUAAACGUUUAUCAUAACCAUAUAAUAUAUCUAUUAAAGCACAAAGCGCACAUGAAUUACA